AUGCCGCGUAGAGGGUAUAUUGAAGAUGAUCUUGAUUCUUCUAACGAGAGUGAAGGAGAAUCGUUUAAUAUUUCAGAUUCUCUUUUGGCAGAGGAAGCAGAGUUGUUUGAGAAUCCCUUAAGGCAUCAUAAACGUCGCAAAUUUACUAAAGAAGAGGCAUAUCUUGGAAUUUGGGCUGAAGAUAAUGAAGAAGAUACAAGUAUAUAUAGGAAAAAAAGUGAAAUGCAAUUUAUAUCAUCGGAAUCAAGUAAUGCUAUAAAAGAAGCGACUGUAGAUAAAGAAAUUCACGAGGAUAGUUCAGAUGAUUCGAUCAAUGAAGACUAUAAAGAAAUUGAGAUGGACGAAGAACCCGAGUCCGAAGGUUAUGGUGGACUGGGGUUUGGAUCACAAAGAGUGGAUAUGGAGGAAGAACAAAAAUUGGGAUUAGGUGCAGGUUUAGAUAAUGGAAAGGAUACGGAAUCCGCGAUACUUGAUGAUAUGAUUAAUAUGCAGUUUGGAUCAACGAAAAAUAAAAAGAAAAAAUUUCAGACGAAUUCGCGACAGAAUAUAAGACCUGAAGAAACAAUUAAACAUACGCGUAACGUUGAUAAAAAUUUCGGGAAAUUUGAACAACAUACUAGAGGAAUUGGUCUUAAGCUUAUGCAGAAAAUGGGAUAUAAAAUAGGAGAAGGUCUUGGAACAGAAGGUAAAGGUAUUGUAAAUCCAAUCGAGACGAAGAUACGUCCAUCCAAAAUGGGAUUGGCAUAUCGUGGAUUCGAUGAGAAGACUGAUCAAGUAAAAAAGGGCGAGAUAAAGCAAGGUUCUACUGGAAAUGAUAAGGAUGAAAAAGUGCCGAAAGAAAAGAAGAACGCUUGGAAGAAGUCUUCGAAACAAAAAAAAACAAAAACUGAAUAUAAGACUGCAGACGAGAUAAUUGAUGAAACAACAUCAGCUGCUCCUCAGCCGAUGAAAAUUAUAGACAUGACUGGCCCACAGGCUCGUGAGCUUUCUUCAGCAAACCAAAUUAAAUCUCACGCAAUACUGGAUGAAUCUUCACGUCUUCCGGAACUUCGUCAUAACCUCCGUUUAAUAGUAGAUAUGUCUAAAUCAGAUCUAGAACAUUUUACAAGGGAACUUAGAAUUCAGAGUGAAAAGAAAAAAUCGCUCGAGCAAGAGAUGACAAAAAUUUCCACGUUAAUAGAAGAUGAGGCAAUACGUAUAAACCGACUUGGAGAAAUGAUAUCCAUCAUUAAAGACUGUAACGAACUGCUCACGAAUGCUUUGUCCGUAGAUUCUCCUGAAUUACACAUAUUUUCGGAUCAUUUUCGAAGAUUGCAAACUGAAUAUUUAGAUGAGUUUAUAACUUACGGUUUAGAUUCCGCAGUGGUCUCUAUAAUCUCUCCUGUGUUCAAACGGUAUUUGGCAAAUUGGGAUCCAUUAGAAAAUCCUAAGUUAGGCAUACACGAAUUUCAGCAAUGGAAUAGUUUAUUCAAAAUAACAAAAACUCCACCAAAAAACAACUUAAAAAAUUACAAUGACGCAUCAAACUCGAGCGAGUUGACUAUGACUCCUUAUGAGAGUAUGAUGUAUAGCGUUUGGCUUCCGAAAGUUAGAUCAGCUAUAAACAAUUCUUGGAAUGCACGGGAUUUUGACCCAGUAAUUCGCCUACUUGAAAACUGGAAUCCAUUAUUACCUGUAUUUAUUUGCGAUAACAUAACGAAUCAAUUAAUAAUGCCAAAAUUGAUGCGGGAGGUAGAUAUGUGGAAUCCAAAAACGGAUACCGGCAUGAUACACCAGUGGUUACAUCCUUGGCUUCCUCUGUUAGGAGAAAGGAUGGAUCCGUUAUAUGUUACUAUACGCCAGAAAUUUCGCCUUAUUCUACAGAAUUGGGAUCCCACAGAUUCUCUUGCAUUUGCUAUUUUGAAACCCUGGAAAAAUGUUCUUCAGCCUGCAGAUAUGCAAUCACUACUUGCUAAAUCUAUCUUACCGAAGUUAUCCGAAAUGAUACGCACAAGGUUCCAUAUAAAUCCGAGGAAGCAAGAAUUAGAUCUUUUCUAUUGCGUUAUGAAAUGGCAACACAUGUUUACUCUCAACGUUUUUAGUAAACUUUUUGAGUCAGAGUUUUUCCCAAAAUGGUUGGAUGCCCUAUAUACAUGGUUAACAAAUCGUCCUAAAUACGAUGAAAUAAGACAGUGGUAUAUGUUUUGGAAAUCAAUGUUCCCCCCAGAUAUGCUCGCUAAUCAUGUUAUUGAGACUCAGUUCACAAAAGGACUGUCCUUGAUAGAAGAAAGUAUAUCACUGGGGAAAGAAUCUAUUGAUAGACUGUCACAUCCAUCAAAACAGCAAAAUCCAAACCUCGAUUCAUUUCAACAUUCCUUCUCGAAGAUAUCCCAUACAAUUGAUAAUGAGGAGAUCACCUUCUUUGAUCUUGUUGAAGAAUUUGCUCAGGAAAACAAUCUUCUGUUCUUACCUACUAACAAAACUCACAAAGCUUCAGGAAAACCCAUAUAUCGUAUGGGAGGUACCCCGGAAGGUACUGGUGGAAUCACAUUAUAUUUACAAGAUGACGUUAUGUUUGUUAAAAAUGAACAAGAUUGGCUGCCUAUGGGUUUCGAUGAAAUUUUGGGAAUAAUAUGA